CGAAGGCAUUGUAGCGUCUUACAGCCGACAUGCGGACCUCGACUGACUCGGCCAGCCAGCAAUAAUGAUAGCCUCUAUGAGUUUGUUCCUGCUGCAGUAUCUCGUGGACCGGUCAAUAACCUGACAUCUGACCCAGAACUUGAAUUCACGCUGAUCGAUGGAUGCAGAAGCUGCGGUCGACGCAGUAUUCAGUCUGUAUGAACGCCAUGGUAGCGGUGACUAUAUCGGCGAGCCGGUCAGUUUGACUGACCAUAUGAUUCAGUGUGCCGUACUAGCAGAACAGGAUGGUCAACCUUUAGAGAUUGUGUUAGCAGCCUUCUUCCACGACAUCGGCCACCUAGUGGGGAUGGAUAGGGGUCUGGAAAAUAGGGUCACUUCCGGUACUAACCUUGGAGCAAAGGACCACGAUAUUCUAGGAGGCCAGUUCCUAAGCGAACUAGGAUUUCCCGACAAAAUAUGUGACCUUGUACAAGGACACGUACAGGCGAAACGCUACUUGGUGUGGAAAAACAAGGAGUAUUACGAUAACUUGAGUCCUGCCAGUAGACUGACACUAGAGCACCAGGGAGGACGAAUGGAUGACGAGGAAGCGCAGGCUUUCGAGAACAAUCCAAUAUUUGACGUAAUCAUACGCAUGCGCACGUGGGACGAGGCCGGGAAAGAGGUUGACGUUUCAAACGUUCAUCUAGAUAAAUACAGAAAACUCUGUUUGAAUUAUUUGAAACAUGCUACAUAAGUAUCGUACCGAGCACCAAUAUUAGUGUGUCACCGAUAUUCAAUAUAAGUGUGUCACCGAGAUUCAAUAUAAGAACAAUGUCAUUCCUAUUAGUCAGUAUUGAAUUGUUCUUGAACUUGUGAAUAACACGUGCUGAAAAGUUAAUAUGACGUAUAUCGAUGGUUGUGUUAGCAAACCCAGCGUCAACUAGAACAUUAAACAUUAAGAUUUUCCUCCUGUUUUGUUUGUGGAGGACAUAUUAGAUGUAACGGCAAUGUUAUUGAGUUUGGUAGUGAGAUUAUCAUUAUUUUACAUUUGAAUGGUCAUGAUAUAAACUGUAUUUACAGUAUAUGAAAGCAUAACUGACACCCGAAUAGUGACAUCAUUCCAUGCGCAUGAAUACAAAUGUAUAUUUUAUUUAUACGAAACACAGCCAUUCAAAUGUUUGACAUGACACGACAAAUAAUAAGUUUUCUCUUCGGUCACUCACUAUCGAUAUUGUCAUAAUGUAGGUAAAUGUUAUAGAUUUUGAUAGUGAGGUGACCAUUAUUAUCAUAAUGUAGGUAAAUGUUAUAGAUUUUGGUAGUGACGUGACCAUUUGUGCCACACUGUAUGUAAAUGUCAUUAAACGAACCCAAAAAUAAUUUUCCAAUAACAUUUCUCUGGAUCAUGAAUUGAAGUGUUAUAAUAAAUGUUUUAGCUGACAACCGACAACGAGCACGAGUGUUUUAUCAUAGUGAGGAAAAAACAUUUCGGUUGAUUUUCUUAUAUAUCAUCUGAGGUGUAAGGGGUGGUAUGUCCUGAGUACACGGCAUGUAUUGGAGGAGGUUAAAGUAAGCACAUGCACGCGAAUUAAUACUAGUAGGUUAAAGAAAGUAGGGAAAGUCAUGUGACUCUUUUAUGAUAAUGGUACACACUCGGUAGAACCUUAUACAUACAGGGUGCCGCUUCCCUUCCAAUUUAUAAUAUUUAAAUGUUACACGAAUGUAUAUAUGACAGUAUUAUGGGUAUUAAUACCAAACAAUGUUCAAAGUGACACACUUUAUUCACAUAAGAAGAUAUCCAAGAGGGAUUCUUGGCGUCCAAUAUUGAACGAUCUUUAUAUCUGACCUUUCGUUUACUUUAAUGAACUGAUUACAAGGAAAUCGUCUGUAAACUCUAGGGAAGAUGAUAGAGAAAAACAUUAUGUGAAUAAGAAAUAACAAAGCGAACUUCAACUGUUAGCGAUUUUGCUUUCUGGAUCAGACUCAAAGACAAAUGAGCACAACUAGGGACCAAGGGAGACCGACAAAUAAAGCUUGAGACAAAGGAAACCUUUUUGUGAAUUAGAAAUUGCAAUUCUAAACUUCAAUUGUCUGC